AUGCUUUCAGACAACGCAUCGACCUACCUGUCCGCUGCCGAGGAGAUUCAUGCUCUCGUCGAUACACCGGAAAUACGCGAAUACUCGGCCACACAUCGAGUACAGUGGACAUUUAUACCCAAGAAAGCUCCCUGGUUUGGCGGAUUUUGGGAGAGACUCAUCGGACUGACCAAAAACGCAAUUAAAAAGACGUUAGGUCGCUCUCUAAUUAGUUUUGACGAACUUUCCACAGUUGUAACGGAAAUUGAAACCGUACUAAAUGACCGCCCAUUAACGUAUGUAUCGUCAAACUUGGAUGACAAUGUUGGUCUGACACCGAACCAUUUACUACACGGACGACAAGUCACAGCACUACCGUAUAUAAACGUGUCUGAUGAAGAAAUCUACGACCCGUCCUACACUCAACACGAGGAAAUUAACGACCGUUACAAACACUUGUCUCGCCUCCAUGUACAGUUCUGGACACGCUGGUCAACAGAAUAUUUGACGGCACUCCGUGAAAGACACACAACGUCUGGAAGUAAACACAACACUAUACGAGUUGGCGAGGUUGUAAUAAUUCACAGUGACACUGAAAAGAGACUCAUUGGCACUUGGCACAGUUACCAAACUUAUAUACGGGAACGAUAA